AUGGACGAGGAGGAGGCCGUGUUCCGAGAAGUCGUCAGCUUCUCCCCGAGCCCUCUGCCAGUUAGAUAUUACGACCCGGACACCAGCACCCCGGUCAGCUUCUACCUGUCUUCACUGGAGGAGCUCCUGGCCUGGGCGCCCAGCGCAGAGGACAGCUUCAAUGUGGCCCUGGAGCCUGCUGCGUGCCGCCAGCCCCCUCUGAGCAGCCGGCGGCCCCGCACCCUGCUGUGCCAUGACAUGAUGGGCGGGUACCUGGAGGACAGGUUCAUCCAGGGCUCUGCGGCCCAGGAGCCUUACUCCUUCUACCACUGGCAGUGUGUAGACAUCUUCGUGUACUUCAGUCACCACACGGUCACCAUCCCCCCCGUGUGCUGGACCAACGCGGCCCACAGGCACGGGGUCAGCGUGCUGGGGACCUUCAUCACCGAGUGGAGCGAGGGUGCUAAGCUCUGUGAGGCCUUCCUGGCCGGCGAUGAGCGCUCCUUCCGAGCCGUGGCCGACCAGCUGGUCCGAAUCGCCCAGUUUUUCCGCUUCGAUGGCUGGCUUAUCAACAUCGAGAACUCCUUGAGUGUGGCCGCGGUGGGGAACAUGCCCCUAUUCCUCCAGUACCUGACCGAGGAGCUGCACCGGGCGGUGCCGGGGGGCCUGGUGCUCUGGUAUGACAGCGUGCUGCGCAGCGGACAGCUCAAAUGGCAGGACGAGCUCAAUGAACAGAACAGGGCCUUCUUCGACGCCUGCGAUGGCUUCUUCACCAACUACAACUGGCGGGAGGAGCACUUGGAGCGGACGCUGGCGCAGGCCGGGGAGCGCCGGGCCGACGUGUACGUGGGGGUGGACGUGUUCGCACGCAGCGUUGUCGUUGGGGGCCGAUUCGAUACUGACAAGUCUCUGCAGCUGAUCCGGAAAUUCGGUUUCUCGGCGGCGCUCUUUGCCCCUGGCUGGGUGUACGAGUGUUUGGAGAAGAAGGAUUUCUUCCAGAACCAAGACAAGUUCUGGAACUUGCUGGAACGCUACCUCCCCACUCACAGCAUCUGCUCGCUGCCCUUUGUCACGUCUUUCUGCCUGGGCCUGGGAACUCGGAGAGUGUGCUAUGGACAGGAGGCAGCCGUGGGGCCUUGGUACCACCCUGGCGCCCAGGAGCUGCAGCCCUUGUUUGGGGAGCACCGGCUGGAGGGGGACGGCCAGGGCUGGGUGAAAACCCACUGCUGCCUGGCUGACGCCUGGAAUGGGGGCAGCUCCCUGCUUGUCCGGGGGGCCAUCCCUCCCGACGUAGGACAUGUGGCUGUGAGGUUAUUCUCCCUGCAGGUCCCAGUGCCGCCCAAACUUUUCCUGUCGCUGGUGUAUAAACUCGAAGGGCCGUCGGCUGUCACGGUGACCUUGGAGCUCAGCACAGGGGACUCCAGUUGUCACAUCGGUGGCAUUUCAGCACUGAAUGCAGAGACAAGCCAGAGACAUAGCGUCCGGCCCCUCCGGGUACCCCCCACCAAGCUGGCCAGGUGGGCCGGCCGAUGUGGCCAACCACUCAGUGGGGGCUGGGUCCAGCGCUGCUAUGAGGUGAGCCUUCGGGACUGCCUGCUGCAGGACCUCUUUGUCAGCUUCUCCCGGCCCCCAGGCAGCCGCCAGGAGGAGACCUUCGUCUGCCGCCUCGGAGAGAUCCAGGUGGUGGAUGCCAAGAGCCUGCUGAGCCCCCUGCCCCAGGUCCAGGCCAUCACCGUGUCACAGGUCUGUUGGCGGCCGGCGGCCUCUGAGCCUGGUGGUGCCCCUGUGCCCACACGGCUCCAGCUCAGCUGCACCCUGCACUGGACCUUCCCACUCCCUCAGGUCCGCUGCUUCUGGGUCCACUGCCAGAGGGGCCUGGGGAGCCCUCACCGUGGGGGGCCUCUGGACCCCGAGAAGCCCACUGCCCUUGGACUGGCCUUCACCAACCAGUACCGUGUUGUGGACCUUCCGGUGGUGGCCCCGGGGCCUGGCCAGGACAGCCGGGUGGAGUUUCUGGUGCAGCCGGUCCCCAGGGAGGGGUUUUUGGUGCCUCAGACCGAGUGGGGCCGGGCCACCCUCCUCUACAGCAGCCCUGAGCGUGAUGGACAUUAA